AACCUCCCUAUCCAUAUCGGUUACCCAGAGCUCACAAAGCAGCACUCAUUGGCAUUGCCAUGGCAGCCUUUCUUCCUGUAUCUUCUACUACUAUGAAAACAACAGUAACUUCCCUUCAUUUUUCUUCUGCUUUCAAGGGAAAUCCCACGAAUUUGAAGGCAAACUCAUUUCAAUUUCUCCCUCUAAACGGAAACGUAAAGAUCAAGCAACAACGGAGGCCUCUCGUCAUUGUCAAUCAAGCCGCGGCUACAGCUGUUACUGCAUCCCCAGUUUCCAGUGUGAGGUUCCGACUGAAUAAUCUAGGUCCGCAACCAGGGUCAAGGAAGAAAGGCAAGCGAAAGGGGAGGGGUAUUGCCGCUGGGCAAGGCAAUAGUUGCGGGUUUGGUAUGAGGGGCCAGAAAUCUCGGUCGGGUCCUGGUGUCAGGAAGGGCUUUGAGGGUGGCCAGAUGCCCCUUUACAGGCGUAUCCCCAAACUGCGUGGAAUUGCGGGAGGAAUGCAUGCGGGUUUGCCUAAGUACAUCCCUGUGAACAUAGAGGACAUAGAAGCAGCAGGGUUUCAAGAGGGGGAUGAAGUGUCACUGGAGACAUUAAAGGAGAAGCGUUUGAUUAACCCAUCGGGAAGAGAGAGGAAACUACCCUUAAAGAUUCUCGGCGAUGGUGAACUAAGUGUGAAGCUGAAUAUAAAGGCCCGUUCUUUUUCAACAUCUGCAAAGGAGAAGCUAGAGGCUUCUGGCUGUACAUUGACAGUAUUACCAGGUCGAAAGAAGUGGGUCAAACCAUCAGUUGCAAAGAACCUAGCCCGGGCUGAAGAAUACUUUGCCAAGAAAAGAGCUGCAGCUGCUGCAUCAGAGCCGGCAUCUGCAUAAAGUGGCCAUGCUAGCUCAAUGUAAUUUGAAGUUGCGUAUGAAUAUUGCAGCAAGGUACGUUCCAACACGUUUGUAUUCCUCCCUUUUUAUCUUUUUUUUUCUGUUCUUUCUAGGUUGCCCACUUGGUCAUGUAGCUUCUGAUGCUUCAUUUUUUUUAUCGUUCUUUUCUUUGUUAGCAACUGCUUAAAAGUUGGACUUAAUAACACCUCGUGUUCUAGACUGUUGGCAACCAA